AUGUUAGGAAGAAAGAAACACCGACAUCCUGGUCAUACUAAACCAAAGAAGAAGAAUUACAUUCCAUUUAGCAGAAACAGAAGGGGCUCUGCUGAUUCUAACUAUUCUCAACCAUCAUCAGAUCUCUCUCUUGACGAAGAAAAGGAGACGCUACGCCGUGAAAAGGAACGACAAGCCCUUAGUCAACUCGAAAAAGCAAGGACGAAACCGGUAGCGUUUGCCGUCAGGACCAACGUUGCUUACGACGGCUCCGUUGAUGAUGAUUCUCCGGUACACGGUUAUGCCAUUUCCUUCGAAGUUAGAGAUUUUUUACACAUUAAGGAGAAGUACGACAACAACUGGUGGAUCGGCCGAUUGGUCAAAGAAGGCUGUGACAUCGGUUUCAUCCCCUCUCCUGUCAAAUUGGAGAACCUGCGACUGCAGCAGGUGCAAACGAGGACGACGAAAUUGUACUCGAGCAAAACCAGCUCGAGUUCGAACAUCGGCGCCUCCGCCGGUAACGAUGUUUCCAGAGGUAGCACUCCUCCCACACCCGGAGAUGAAUCCGAUUCAAUGGGUAAUGCCAGAACGGGCAAAUCGCUUACUACACCCCCGGCGAAAGAAAAGAAGAAACCGUUCUUCAAGAAACAAGAAGCGACUGCUCCCUAUGACGUUGUUCCUUCCAUGCGACCCGUAGUUUUAGUCGGUCCUUCUUUAAAAGGAUACGAAGUUACUGAUAUGAUGCAAAAAGCCUUAUUUGAUUUUUUAAAGCAUAGAUUUGAAGGAAGAAUAAUAAUAACUAGGGUAAUGGCCGACAUUUCUUUGGCGAAACGGUCUCUCCUGAACAACCCUUCGAAGCGUGCGAUCAUGGAACGUUCCACAACAAGAUCGACGUGCUUGUCGGAGGUUCAAGCGGAAAUCGAACGCAUCUUCGAGCUUGCGACUACCUUACAACUUGUGGUGCUGGAUUGUGAUACUAUAAACCAUCCUUCGCAACUUGCCAAAACUUCUUUAGCUCCAUGUAUUGUCUAUCUUAAAAUUAGUAGUCCUAAGGUUUUGCAAAGGCUUAUCAAAUCAAGAGGGAAGAGUCAAGCUAGGCAUUUAAAUGUUCAAAUGGUCGCUUCAGAAAAGUUAGCUCAAUGUCCGCCUGAAAUGUUUGACGUCAUUUUAGACGAGAACCAAUUGGAAGACGCUUGCGAACACAUAGCAGAAUAUUUAGAGGCUUAUUGGAGAGCAACGCAUCCAGAAAUAAGCGUUCCGAACGUUUCCCGGCCGAUGGGAAGUUCUCCGCAAGCUUCACCCAGUGGCGACCAAGGACGACCCACUUUGCCAGCACACCACGAUGUAUACGGAUACGGUCAUCAUGAGUCACGAGGUAGUCAUGCAGCUGUUAGAUACAUAGGGUUGCAAAGUUGGGACUCAGUAGACUCUUUAGAAUCACUGUCUUUUUUAUAG